AUGUUAAGUGUCACGAAUAAGAAGUUUUUGAUUUCCUCGUGCAAAACUUGCCGGAGCUUUUCUUUCACAAAAUGUUUCUAUAGCCAGGAAAUAGAAAAUAAGUACUCAGAAGCUCAAAAACAGAAAAUAUUACAGAUUGUAAAUGAUGGUGAUCUGGAUAUUUUGUCUAGGUAUGAUGUAGCUAAAACAAGAUUAAAAAAACUUAGUGAGUGGGUUAACAAGUAUGGAAAGCUUAACAAAAUUUCGGACCUUGAAACUAUUGAUGGCUUUACUGAAAAGACUGUUAAGAAAUUUUACAAUAGUAUAAUAGAUGGUGCACCAAAAAAUUUAUCCCACAAGAUUAAAGGACGGAUUUUGCACCCAAUAUUGACUGAAACUGUGAAACAGAAUUGCAGGUUGGUCUUAUCUGUGUAUGUGACAGUUAACUGUGUGUGCUGGACACUUAUUGAUAGAGAUAAAUAUGCGGUGGCUGAAUGGAAAUAUCAUGGAAUUGAAUAUCCAGAUAGUAAGCGGUUCCCGAUUACUGAUAUUUUGGGUAUUGCAUGGCAAAUAACUAAUAAUUUGCCAAACGCUGAUAUCUAUGUAAUGAAGGCGGAAGCGACCAGUCUUCGCGCAGGUGGCAGUGAUCCAAACAAUCCUAAAGUAAUUGCAUUUAAUAUACAAAAAGCUCAAAUGAUUGCCAUAAUUGUUGCGCUAAUUAAUGCUAAGCAUAACAAUAUAAAUGUUUGUCCUACCAAAGAGGAACCUGUUAGCAACUUAAAUCAAAGAGUGUAUUUUCUUAGGUCUUCACUCCCAUACAGAUUAUAUGGAACCUUAGUAGGCAAUGAAAGAGUUUCAACUGAUCAAACAGUAGAAAUGUUGUUAGACAAAGCGAAGGAAAUACAUUCUGAUAAUUCGCACGUGCAUGUACCUGAUAAUCUUACGUCAAUGUACCGUUCGCAAAAAGAAUUGCAGAAGGAUAUGUUGGGACAUUGUCUACUUCUCGCGAUAACCUUUAUGGAUUUGUGUAUUUACACAAAUGAGGAGAAAAUAAGGAAAUUGACAAGGUUAGGAGAUUGA